AUGGUAGAAAUAGGAGUGCAUCAGCAAUCAGCUGAGGAAAGCCUAGAGAAUGCAGAAUGGUACUGGGGUGAUAUUACAAGAGAUGAAGCAACUGAAAUGCUUAGAGAUACCUGUGAUGGUACUUUUCUAGUCCGCAAUGCAUCAAAUAAAGACAGUGGGUACACUCUAACAGUUAGAAAAGGUGGCACCAAUAAAUUAAUCAAAAUAUACAAUCAUGAUGGCCGGUAUGGAUUUUGUGAACCAUUCGAAUUCAACUCUGUUGUCGAUCUUGUUAAAUUUUAUAAGGAAUACUCUCUGGCGCAUUGCAAUAGUAGUCUUGAUAUUAAACUUAUGUACCCACUGUCAAGGCUUCAAGAAAAUGAUGGUGCUGAAAACAUUAAUGAUGAAACACUUGAAUCAAGGUAUAAAGAGAUUCAUAAGGAAUUUGUGCUGAAGACAAGAGAUUACGAUGAAAGAUCCGACACAUACAUGAAAUUAAGAGAAAAAGUAAAAAUGAAAAGACAGUCCCUUGAUGCUUUUAGAGAAACUGUUAAAGUCUGUGAAGAACAUUUAAAGUUACAAGAAAAGAUGCAAGCAGAAGCUCAACCACAUGAGAAAAAGGGCCUUAUAGAAAAUAAUAAGCAAUUAAUUUCACAAGUGAAUAAUUUGAAACAAGCUCGACUUCAAUUAACCAAUUUACUAAGAGAGACUGUAGAAUCUAACUUAUUACUUGAAAGAGAAAUAACAAAAUUAAAAUCUGAAAUAAUAAACCUUUAUAAGUUAAAGGACCGCUAUAAAGUAUGGCUACAGAGGAGAGGUAAAACUGACGAAUAUAUACAAGCUUUAGAGAACAACAACAUUCACAUUCUUGAAAAGUUGUAUGCGCACAAUGAGUCAAUAAGUUGGAUGGUUGAAAAUUGUACAAGAGAUACAGCAGAGAAGCUCCUUGAAGGGAAACCACAAGGCACUUUCUUAAUAAGGCCUAACUCUACUGGACAACUAGCAUUAUCAAUUUGUUGCAAUAAUAUGGUAUAUCAUUGCAUUAUAUUUAAGACUGAAAGGGGAUAUGGAUUUGCAGAACCUUAUAACAUUUAUAAAACAUUAAACGAACUUGUACUCCAUUAUGCUGUUAAUUCACUUGAGGAGCACAAUGACCAAUUAAGAACUGUGCUCAAGUACCCUGUCAAUGCCCAUUUGGUGAAAAAACCGGAAAAAAAGUCGGUGCAAGAGUCACAGCAGCAAGAUACACAACACCAAGACGUGCAACAUGUGGAAACACAGUUAUUGUCAUAUAGGCGACAAAGAAAACAGCGUCCCCAGCUGCCCUAA